AUGAACAUUAUACGAAAAGAAAACACGCCUUCAGAAUCUUUAGUGACGGAGGCCGACGCCAUAGAGGGAGCCUCACGCUCUCAUGGAAUACGGGCUUGUUGGAGUUACGCGUUGUCCGGGGAAACCCCGCGGAAGGCAUAUCUGGAGGAAAACAAUAAAAAAAUUGGAGGUUGCGAAGGGGUGGAACUUGUGACGGGAAAAGCAGGAGGCAGAAUAAAAGGACCUCUUGGGAGUUCCAUUUUCCCCAGUUCUAGCAUUUAUUUGGUAAAAACCAUCAGGGGUAAAAAAUAUCGGGAUGUAUACAUACGCGGUGGUGCGGGAAUGGGUUGUUCAAGGUGA